CCUGAAGUUGACAUCAAAGGCCCCAAGAUGGAUGUUGGUGCACCAGAGGUUGAUCUUCAUGGCCCUGAAGGCAAACUCAAAAUGCCUAAGUUUAAGAUGCCCAAAUUUGGAAUACCAGGCAUCAAAGCAGAAGCUCCUGAUGUGGAUGUAACCCUACCCAAAGCUGAUCUUGACUUGUCAGGCCCCAAAGUGGACAUUGACCUAGAAGGGCCAGAGGGGAAGCUGAAAGGUCCAAGGAUUAAGAUGCCAGACAUAGACCUGAAUCUGAAAGGCCCCAAAUUGAAGGGGGACAUUGAUGUCUCUGUGCCAAAGUUGGAGGGUGGUUUGAAGGGCCCCGAUGUUGAUAUCAAAGGUCCAAAAGUGGAUGUUGAUCUUCCAGAUGUUGACCUUGAAGGCCCUGAAGGAAAACUUAAAGGGCCCAAGUUUAAGAUGCCUGACAUACAUUUUAAAACCCCUAAAAUCUCUGUACCAGAUUUUGACUUGAAUUUGAAAGGCUCUAAAGUCAAAGGAGAUAUUGAUAUGAAAGCUCCCACACUAGAAGGUGACUUGAAGGGUCCAGAAGUAGACAUCAAAGGCCCCAAAGUGGACAUUGAUCUCCCAGAUGUUGACCUUGAAGGCCCAGAAGGAAAAGUGAAAGGGCCCAAAUUUAAGAUGCCUGAAAUGCACUUUAAAGCUCCCAAAAUUUCCAUGCCAGAUUUUGAUUUAAAUCUGAAAGGACACAAAUUAAAAGGGGAUGCAGAUGUGUCCUUACCAACAUUGGAAGGUGAUCUGAAGGGCCCAGAGGUUGAUAUCAAAGCACCUAAACUUGAUGUAGAUGUUCCCAAUAUUGAACUGGAGGCUCCAGAAGGAAAGUGGAAAGGACCCAAAUUUAAGAUGCCUGACAUGAACAUCAAGGCACCUAAAAUCUCAAUGCCAGAUGUGAACUUAAACCUGAAAGGAUCUAAAGUCAAAGGAGAUUUGGAUGUCUCAGCCCCAGGACUGCAAGGAGAACUUAGAGGCCCAGAAAUUGACAUCAGAGGUCCCAAACUAGACGUUGAUGCACCUGACAUUGAACUUCAUGGACCAGAAGGAAAGCUGAAGAUGCCAAAAUUCAAAAUGCCCAGGUUUGGCAUGCCCGGCUUCAAAGGGGAAGGCCCAGAUGUUGAUAUAAGCCUCCCCAAAGCAGACCUUGAUGUUUCUCUUCCCAAAGGAGAGAUUGAAGCACCAAGCUUGGACAUUGAAGGCCCAGAAGGAAAAGUGAAAGGUCCCAAAUUUAAGAUGCCUGAAAUGCACUUCAAGACACCAAAGAUCUCAAUGCCUGAUAUUGAUCUGAACCUCAAAGGUCCAAAACUGAAGGGAGAUGUGGAUGUGUCUGUCCCAAAGCUGGAAGGUCCAGAUGUGGAUAUCAAGGGUCCUUCAUUGGAUAUUGAUGCACCUGAUGUAGACAUUGAAGGUCCUGAAGGAAAGUGGAAAGGUCCGAAGUUUAAGAUGCCUGAAAUGCACAUGAAAGCUCCCAAAAUCUCCAUGCCAGAUUUUGACUUUAACUUGAAAGGACCCAAAGUGAAAGGAGAUGUGGAUGUCUCAGUACCGAGCUUGGAGGGUGAUCUGAAGG